GCUCAAGUUUUUUUUUUUCUUCGACAGCCCCAGAUAAUUCUAAUCUCUUCAACUCUCAAGCCCCUCGAGACUGCCAACAAAUCGUGUGGCUGCCUAUCAUGGCCGACACAAUGGCCGCAGAAAAUCUGUCAGACGACCAGAUUGAACAACUCCUCAAGGAAGCUGAAUUAAGAUUGCAAGCCAAGCAACAAGAACAGGGAAAUGAUAGCAAGGUUGUCGCUGCUCCCUCCAAGUCUAGCAUUGUAAAAGCUUCUAAGCAAAAUGUCUCGGCCACUUUAGGCCCCUCCAAGAACAAUAGCAAAUCUGAAAAGGAAAAGCUGUCGGUGAGGGUGCCAGAAGUUCGAAAAUCAAAACAGGAAAUGGCUGUCAAGACAGAUGCCGGUGCCUCGUGGUUCAAUCUACCGCGUACAGAUCUCACCCCCGAACUCAAGAAGGACCUGCAAUUACUACGCAUGCGCGACGUACUAGACUCGAAGCGAUUCUACCGCAAAGACACUGCGAGGGCCCUGGUACCUGAGUUCUCCUCAGUGGGAACCAUAGUAGAGGGCCCGACCGAUUUCUUCAACGCUAGAUUAACCAAGAAGGAACGGAAGCGUACUCUGCUUGAAGAGGUCCUGGAAACUGAGGAUAUCACUCGCAAGUUCAAGAACAAGUAUGGUGAGAUUCAAAGUGUCAAGGCAAGUGGCAAGAAGGGUCACUACAAGAAGAUGAUGGAGAAGCGAUAUGGCCACAAGGGUUGAGGCUCGGCAACGGAGAGCAUGAACUCGCGCCCCAUUUGUGCGCGGCGUAAGACAUGCGCGAAGCAUUCCUCUUCCUGGAUGUUUGCGAAAUUUCGCCUACCAUGACACCAGGGAGUUGCAACAGUCGCACUGCUACAAUACUAAGCCAUGAUAGUAGCACUAAACGCUACAUCUGUCCGAAGGGGCAUAUGACUGCUACCAAGAGGAAGGAGAUAUGCCGUGAAGCCUGGUCCAGGUUGUACAUCUGAGCUUCUAUAAACGGAGUUAGAUGACCUCAUCACGCAUCACGACUAAGCUGUUUGGUACAUAAUGAUGGACAACUGGGUAUAUAGAACCCAGUAAGUAUGCCUAGGCUUGAAGUCCUCGUGCAAGACAGGCCUGUAGCAGAGAGGGCGUAAUGCAACUGCCAUCAGGCCUUGGUCAUGUAACAUAUAGGUGACGAUCAAUAUAUUGGUUUUGAUAUUUUCCAUGUGCUGCUUCUUGAUAACAUUUAUUUAGUGAUUAGGAUGUAAUGUGUAAGAGUACUUCUAGUUACUAGGUCCCAUAUGUAGUAUCAUUCUUAUAGACUUAUUCUUGUUGUAUCUGCCUAUGUACUUGCUCCGGGGUUGUGGUUGAGAAGUGCUUG